UUCACAAUCCAAAUGAACUGUUUUCGUUGUCUAAAUAGCAAAAAACCAUAGCCAACCAAAGAAGCAAAACCAAAGCCAUAACUGAAAUAUAUAGAAUAGAAAAGAGGCAAUGUUAACAGCACCUUCACUUUCCCGCUUUAAAUCUCCAUUUAUUAGCUGCCCUCUUAAGCUCCCUUCUUCUUCUUCUACUUUCUCUCAGAAAUUUCAUCAAACACAACGUUCACCAAAUUCUUACCCAUGUGUUAGAGCUGUGGAUCUUGAUCAAAACACGGUUAUUGCAAUUACGGUUGGGGUAGUCAGUGUUGCUAUUGGAAUUGGAAUUCCAGUUUUUUAUGAGACCCAAAUCGAUAAUGCUGCCAAACGAGACAAUACGCAGCCCUGUUUCCCCUGCAGUGGCAGCGGUGCACAGAAAUGCAGAUUUUGCAUGGGUACUGGCAGUGUGACAGUGGAGCUUGGAGGGGGCGAGACAGAAGUCUCUCGGUGCAUCAACUGUGACNGUGGUUUGACUUGCACAACAUGUCAAGGCAGUGGCAUUCAGCCUCGGUACCUUGAUCGCAGGGAAUUUAAGGACGACGAUUAAGUGGAAGAACAUUCAUCAUUGAUGCCACAGCUUGUUUAUUGUCUCGAAGAUCUUGUCAUUUGACCUGGAUAUAUUGACUAAAUUUAUGUAAAAUUCAAUUCUCUUUCUCCUCUCUCUACCUUUUGUCAGUUCAAUUUUUCCUUUUGCAUUUUGUUCUUACAUGUAAUCAUUAACAAAAUGGAGUAAUACAAUGAUCUCAAUACCGGCUUUGUCCAAUUGCUAGCUGUUGUAAAAGAGCCAAAGAUGGUUUGUUUGAAGAACCUUUGAGGCAAUGAUAAAGAGCAGUUGUGUGUAUUGCA